AUGGUGAAACGGCCCAAGACCGGCCAACAGGUGUGCAAGGACUGCUUCUUCCGUCUGUUCGAGUCCGAGAUCCAUGCCACCAUCGUUGAGAACAAGCUCUUCAAGCGAGGCGAGAAGGUGGCAGUGGCUGCGUCAGGGGGCAAGGACUCCACCGUGCUUGCGCACAUCAUGUCUCUCCUCAACGCCCGCCACGACUACGGCCUGCAGCUGUUCCUGCUCUCCAUUGAUGAAGGGAUAACAGGGUACAGAGACGACUCGCUGGAGACAGUCAAGCGGAACGAGAAGCAGUACGGCAUUCCCCUCACCAUCCUCUCUUACAAGGACCUCUAUGGGUGGACCAUGGAUGAGAUAGUCGCAACUAUCGGCCGCAAAAACAACUGCACGUUCUGCGGGGUGUUCAGACGACAGGCUCUAGAUAGAGGGGCAGCGCUCCUGAGGGCGGACAAGCUAGUCACGGGCCACAACGCAGACGAUUUUGCAGAGACAGUGUUGCUCAACCUGCUGAGGGGGGACGUUGCACGGCUCAGUCGCUGUGCCGCCAUCACCACGGGGGAGGACUCUGCCCUUCCCAGGAGCAAACCGUUCAAAUACACCUACGAGAAGGAGAUUGUCAUAUAUCCGCCCCCGAUCUAA